ACGACUCUACGAGAGUGAAGCUUUCCUUCCUGGAGGACGACCCCUGCUCCGACUACAUCAACGCCAGCUACAUCCCUGGUAACAACUUCCGCAGGGAGUACGUGGCGACGCAGGGUCCGCUGCCCGGCACCAAAGACGAUUUCUGGCGGAUGGUGUGGGAGCACGGCGUUCACAACAUCGUCAUGGUUACGCAGUGUGUGGAGAAGGGACGGGUGAAGUGUGAUCAGUACUGGCCCCCCGACAGAGACCCUCUGUACUACGGAGAGCUGGUGGUUCAGAUGCUGUCGGAGUCCGUGCUGCCGGAGUGGACCAUCAGAGAGUUCAGGAUCACAUCGAGCAGCUGCAGUUACCCCCGGGUGCUCCGGCACUUCCACUACACGGUGUGGCCGGAUCACGGCGUGCCCGAGAGCUCGCAGUCUCUGAUCCAGUUUGUGAGGACGACGCGGGACUACGUGGACCGCAGCCCGAGCACCGGAGCCACCGUGGUGCACUGCAGUGCUGGUGUGGGUCGUACAGGGACGUUCAUCGCUCUGGACCGGGUUCUGCAGCAGCUCGACUCUAAAGGAAACAUCGAUAUGUACGGCGGCGUGUUCGACCUCCGACUGCACCGCCAGCACAUGGUGCAGACAGAGUGUCAGUAUGCCUUCCUGCACCAGUGUGUGCGGGACGUCCUGAGAGCGAGGAAGCACCGCAGCGAGCAGGAGAACCCGCUGUACCCCAUCUACGAGAACUUCAAUCCCGAGUACUGCCGCGGUGAGAAAACACCUUCAAAUCCUGUACAGUGUUUCCUAUAGGGUUUAGUGCAUGUAAAUGGUCUGCAAAGGCUCAAAUCCAUGUAUUCCAUCAAUGGGGAACACUCGCGCUCCAAUCGAAGGGACAUUUAAAUAUAAUCAUAGUUUUACCUCAUAAGGCAAGUUUAUUCAUAUAGCACCUUUCAACACAAGGCAAUUCAAGGUGCUUUACAAACAUGAAAGACUUUCAGACAAAGGCAUUUAAAACAGUAAAAGAUAAUAAAAGAAACAUUAAAAGAAAAAGUACAUGAAUAAAAAGUUACAGUGCCGUUUAAGACGUGAAUAGUUCACACAGAAGUUCCACUUUGCUGAUGAACACAACGGCUCAGUUUCAAUUCAAAGCAGCGACAAACAGAAAGUCUUCAGCCUGGAUCUCAAAGUCGUCAGAGUUGCAGCGGACCGGCAGGUUUCUGGGAGUUUGUUCCAGAUCGUUUCAUAACUCACCUCUGCUUUCCCCUCAGACUUCAUCUACACCGGACGCUGCGCAGACUGAUCCACAGACUGAUCCACAGACUGAUCCACAGACUGAUCCACAGACUGAUCCACAGACUGAUCCACAGACUGAUC